AUGUUUUCCGUCGUGGUCCCCGGCCGCCCGUGUCUAACGGACAUUGUCGCAGUCGACGGCCAACCAAAUGGCCAAGCAACCAAAUUCGCUUUUACGAUUCCAUUAAGCGCCUCUCUCAGCGACUUGGUAGUUUUCUUUCUGCCAGGAACAGUUCUUCCUCCAAACACCGGCGCAGCAAUCUACGCGCAGCUACCCGACGCCAACGGACAGCCCUCGGACUUCCGCUUCAUCGGCGCACUUGCAAACGAGAAGCCUUCCGGUAUCUUCACCGUACGACCACCCAGUCGCACAGAGGCCGAAGAAGAGGAUGACAUGCUAGACGAGAGUGGAUCCAAUGGCGCUGGCGUACUGACCCUCGGAAUCUCAAUUGAAGAGGCGCAGAUCAUUGCGCCGCAGCUUGCUGUGCUCGAGGCGGAGAAGCCUCAAUCUAGCUCUACAGCGUUGGUCAGUCAGGCUGUUGGACAGAGGCAGAUUUCGACAAAGGUCCUGGCCCAGCGUAUUAUUGGAAGUGCGUUCAAUUUCCUGGCUAGCUUUGCGUCGUCGGAUAAAGGCCAGGAUGUCGUGCCUCUUAAGAGCUUCCAUGAUUGGUGGGCGAAGUUUGAGCGGCGCAUUGAAGUCGACCCGGCAUUUUUGGAGCGUGAGGACCCCAAUGCAAAUGCAUAA